AUGACAGCAGUGCAGACGGUUUGCGCAGGGGCUAAGGCAUGGCGUUGUUUAAGCCAAAAAGAGAAGAAUAAAUAUGAGGCGAUGGCUCGGAAGUUACAGAAAGGAUGUGGUAAGAAGAAACCCACUUGUCCUAAGAAAAAGAAGAAAACAUGUAAAAAGAAGAAGCCCAGUUGUAAAAAAAAGCCCAAGUGUCCGAAAAAAAAGAAGAACCCUUGUAAGAAAAAGAAGCCAACCUGCCCGCGCAAAAAAAAACCUAAAUGCCCGCGCAAAAAGAAACCUAAAUGUCCGCGCAAACCAAAGUGUCCAAAAAAGAAACGUAAGACCUGUAGUCCUUGUGGAUAG